CGCCAGGCGGAAACCAUGGCGGAGGCGGUGGCUGCAGCGGGCGAGGCGGGCGCGAGCUCGGGCGAGGCGGCGGAGCGGGAGCGGGAGCCGGACUCGGACCGCGCGCGCCGGAGGCUGCGGGUGCUGUCGGGUCAUCUGCUCGGUCGGCCCCGGGACGCUCUGGGUAUCCAUGAGUGCAAAGCGCACAGAGCCCCGUCGGCGGCCACCGCGUCGCCCGCCGCCACUCCUGCUGCGCCCGAGCCGGGCACCAUCCCCAAGAAGCGGCAAGAAAUUUUGAAAUGGAAUGGAUGGGGCUAUAAUGACUCCAAGUUCUUCUUCAAUAAGAAGGGCCAGGUUGAGCUGACUGGGAAAAGGUACCCUCUUAGUGGCUUGGUUUUACCAACUCUUAGAGAAUGGAUACAGAAUACUCUCGGAGCAACUUUGGAGCAUAAAACUACCUCUAAAGCAUCUUUAAAUCCUAAUGAAACACCUCCUUCUAUUGUAAAUGAAGAUUUUCUUCAUGAACUUAAAGAAACUAAUAUUUCAUAUUCACAAGAAGCAGAUGAUCGAGUAUUUAGAGCUCAUGGUCACUGUCUUCAUGAGAUAUUUUUGCUCAGGGAAGGAAUGUUGCAGCGAAUUCCUGAUAUAGUUGUAUGGCCAAUGUGUCAUGAUGAUGUAGUUAAGAUUGUGAAUCUAGCCUGCAAAUAUAACCUUUGUAUCAUACCAAUUGGUGGAGGAACAAGUGUUUCCUAUGGCUUGAUGUGUCCUGAAGAUGAGACCAGAACAAUAAUUUCUUUGGACACUUCGCAAAUGAAUCGCAUUCUGUGGGUAGAUGAGAACAAUCUGACUGCUCACGUAGAGGCUGGAAUAACAGGACAAGAGUUGGAAAGACAGCUUAAAGAAAGUGGCUAUUGUACAGGUCACGAACCAGAUUCCCUGGAAUUCAGCACUGUGGGAGGAUGGAUAUCCACUCGAGCAUCGGGCAUGAAGAAGAAUAUCUAUGGCAAUAUUGAGGACCUGGUGAUUCAUAUGAAAAUGGUAACACCUAGAGGUGUAGUAGAAAAAAGCUGUCAAGGACCUCGUAUGUCAACAGGCCCUGAUAUCCAUCACUUCAUUAUGGGAUCUGAAGGAACUCUGGGUGUAAUAACAGAAGCUACAAUAAAAAUCAGACCAGUCCCUGAAUACCAAAAGUAUGGCUCAGUAGCAUUCCCCAGUUUUGAACAAGGAGUAGCCUGCCUAAGAGAAAUUGCAAAGCAGAGGUGUGCUCCUGCAUCAAUUCGCCUCAUGGACAACCAGCAGUUUCAGUUAGGUCAUGCUCUUAAACCUCAGGUUUCCUCUAUUUUUACAUCAUUUGUGGAUGGAUUAAAAAAGUUUUAUAUUACAAAGUUUAAAGGAUUUGAUACAAAUCAACUAAGUGUAGCCACAUUGCUAUUUGAGGGGGACCGUGAGAAGGUUCUUCAGCAUGAGAAACAAGUAUAUGAUAUUGCUGCAAAAUUUGGUGGCCUGGCAGCUGGAGAAGAUAAUGGACAGAGAGGUUAUUUGCUGACCUAUGUCAUUGCAUACAUGCGAGAUUUGGGUUUGGAAUACUAUAUAAUAGGAGAAUCUUUUGAGACUUCUGCUCCUUGGGAUAGGGUUGUAGAUCUGUGUAGAAAUGUGAAAGAAAGAAUAAGAAGGGAAUGCAAAGAGAAGGGUGUUCAGUUUGCACCUCUUUCCACAUGCAGGGUGACACAGACUUACGAUGCAGGUGCAUGUAUCUACUUCUAUUUUGCCUUUAACUACAGGGGAAUUAGUGACCCACUGACCGUGUUUGAACAAACUGAGGCAGCUGCUAGAGAGGAAAUCCUUGCCAAUGGAGGGAGCCUGUCACAUCACCAUGGAGUGGGCAAGUUACGAAAGCAGUGGCUAAAGGAAGCGAUCUCUGAUGUCGGCUUUGGGAUGUUGAAGUCUGUCAAGGACUAUGUGGACCCCAGCAACAUCUUUGGAAACAGAAACCUUUUAUAAAUCCAUUCAUAUCAUUAUGAGAAAUGUUACCUUUUUGUGUAAGUCUUUACCUGUGGUUAUGCCAGUAAUCAUCUAAAUCAUGGACCAUACUUCAGCUCCCUUUGUUUGUUGAUUUAAAAUGUUCGUUUUCAUUCUACACUUUGUUUCUGCAUCUGUGGAUUGAUAGGUGGUGUUCCUGGGUCUCUCCCAUUGUAUGUACAUCAAGUUAUAGCCAGCUCGCUGUCACUGCAGAUUUGAGUCCAGCAGCGCAAGGAAGAUGCUGUCUUAAUAUUGAUGUUUCCUCUUGCGAACAGAGGCAGAUUUUGAUAUCUUCAAUUGCUUAUCUAGCCUUUUAAAGAAGAAAAUUUCUAGAAAAAGCUUAUGUUGGGAAGAUUGUGCUUGAGAGUGAUAAUGUGUUUAUGUUUUUAAGAGCAUAUUGUAUUAUGAAUAGGCCACUGAAGAGGAUAUUUAUGAAAGAAUGUAAACAACCUGUUACUCGGAUGCCUUCAUCUACAAGAUGCUUUGGCCAAUAGUUUAGUUUGAAAUGAGUAUGUAGUUACAAAUCCUUGAGUUACUAGUAUACAAAUUAUUUCUCCAUUGUUCUCCGUGUUUGUGUUUCUGUUGGGUUAUGAGUUGUAUUUGUAUCACUGAGAUAACCUAUUGUUAUGUCGUAGGUCAUUCAUAGCAUGUUUUGUAAGAAAAGAUGACUGUUACAUGUGGAGAACAGGUUUACCAUGAAGCCAAAGGCCAUUGCCCAUCAUAGAGUCCUGAUGUCUCCGCUGUCACGUGCUUGUUGCUGAGCUGCAGGAGAAGCUGCAAAGAAGGAAGACUCCUGACCUAAGUUUCCAGUUUAAAGAAUUCUUUGGCUAAAGAAUUUCAUUUGACUCUUGAAUUUGAAAGCCUCAGUAAUUUUAAUGGCAAAAAUCUUUUAUUUUCAAAUAGCAUGAUAAAUUUUUAGGUAAUUUCAGUUUAGUUCUUUAUGAUGGUUUAACACCAUUUUUGAAUUACUGGUUUAACCUAUUUUUUUUUACAAAAAAAUGUUAAUGCAUAAUCCAUAACCAGAAGUUAAAGUUGCUGUUUCUUAAUAAUAAAGAACAUUAGUCACAUUCAGCACACACUUUUACACUCACACUAGUGACUGAGAGAAGUGAGAUGAUGCUCCAAAUCACUGCCUACUGAGGUUCAGGACUCACAUUUUGAGAUGGAUUCUUUUCUUAAUGCAAUACCUAACUUUUGAUAAUUUUUUAGAAUUAAUAUUUAAUCAGAUAAUGUACAUCAAAAUGCAAACGAGCCUUCAAAAGGACACACUGUCUAUGUAGCAACAGCUCCAAAGAAUGUUGGGGCAGUUUGAUACCUUUUUUAUCUGAAGUAGCCUUAACCAGAAGAUGAAAAUUUAAAAUUGACAAAAUAUUUUUAAGACUUCAAAAUAAUAAAGAAUUUUUAACUAUUAGGAUUGGCCUCAAACUAACAAACUUAAAUCUAUAGGCAAAUCAACAUUAAGGUUCAGCUUAACAACAAAAAUACAGCAUUUAUUUUUUGAAAGUUGUCUCUAUUGAUGAUUUAUUUUUAACUAUAGAGUUUCCAGCAGAUAUUGAUUUAAGCCUUUGAUAGAUUAAGAUGGCUGGACACUUGAGGAAUUGCCUCUGGAAUUAAAAGAUUCUUAACUUUAUAAAAUGCAUCUCUACAUGAAGGUGAUUAUCUCUAAUUGGUGAUAAAAUGUGAAGUUUAAUUGACAUCUCACUGGAAAUGUAUACAUGUUUCUGAGUAUUUCCUUUUUCAAAUAAGCAAAUUUGUUAGCAGAUCUGUUGCCCUGCAUGUGAGUAGUGCAACCUCUUCCCUGGGGAAUUCAGAUUUCAGCAACCUUAGAGAUCUGUUAAUUGAUACUAGAAGCCUGUAAGUUGAACCUGUUGUUUAUACCACUCCGUGGACUUGAUGGCAGUUUGGAAAUGAGUGAUUUAUGUCUUUGUUUUCUUUUCUCAUGUAUGCAGGACUUCUCAAAGUUGAUUUUAUAAAGGUGACUGCAGGUUGUAGUUGAAAUAAUUUCUACAGGAAUCCUUUUGAAAUACAAGAACAUUCAUCAGUACUGUUUCUCUGUGAUUUAGUAAAUCAGGAAGCCUUCCUUCUGCUGUACCCACCCCCUUCUGGGAGGUGCCUCAAUGCAGACCUUGUGUCUGUAGAAGACUGAGUCAUGAACAUGCACACAGCACUUAAACCAUGCCUAUUUCCUGAAGUAUAUGAAUGGCUUCAGACAGUUAAAAGCAGAAUAUUGUCUAGGGGAGGCAUCUUAAGUUAUAGAUCAGUUUAUUUAAAAUGUUUAAAUCUGUAGCCUGUUUGAUAUUUGGUAUGGGUAACUCUGACUUUCUUAAGUUAGUCAUACUUGUAAUUUGGUGAUGUGACAUUUGAAUUGGGGUUUCUGAGGGAAGGGGAGAUUGCUGCUAAUAGAAAUGGCACUGAAUAUACUAAAUAUUCCAAAUGAACAGGCUUUAUUGAACCUUGGAGAAACUGUUGCCUUAAAGUGUGGUGCAAUUUAUAGUAGUGCAGAAGUGAAUUUAGUUUUAUGCUAAAUAACUUGAGCCUUUUGGUUGGGUAAGAAUUGUAGAAGCUUCUUGUGUCCCAGCUUUUUACCAUAGAACAGAGUUAAUUAAACCCUGCUCUUCUGAGGAAUUAGGCGUUUCUAAAUAAAAAUGCUUACAUAUUAUAGGACUUGUAAGGCUAUGUAUGAAGCUGGAAGCUUCCUAAUAUGCGUACCUUUGGUGAUAUGUUUUGGAAAACAGGCCUAAGAAAGAACACCUUUCCAUCAUUACAUGUUAUAUCAGAUACAGCUGGUUGCAAGAAACCUUUUUUUUUUUCCUCCUCUGGACUAUUGUAACUAUAUCAUAGCUCGCUUGCAUUUUUGAAGAUGCCUUCUGUAUAUUGACCCCAGAAAUUUUCCGCUGCCAUAUUCUUCCAUAGCAACAACUUCUAAGCAUAGCAGAUCAGAGAAGCUUGAAGUCCUGAAGUGAAGGGUGUUUCCUCAGGCCUUCAGAUGGACCUGGCUUUGGAGCAGUGUUAGAACACAGUUUCUAGGGAUUGCUUCUGAACUUACAUGUGGAGCUGCUGAGGCAGUCAAAUAGGAUGCAGUCUGAAAAGCCUAUCUACAAUUUAAGAAGUGUGAAACAGUGAUGGACAAUUUAGUGACAUUUUGUUGUUCACUUAAUCUUUACUGACCUUGAUUUCAGGGAGGGCUCAGCUCAGGAGAAGAAAAGGCAGGAUGUGAUACUAGUGCCAGUAGGUAAAAGAGAAGCUCAGAGUUUCUGCCGUUGGCCUCAUCACUUAGGGAGGCUUAGCUUUGCUUGAGGUUUGUGUUACCAAAUGAGCCAUAUGUCCACAGAUUCAUUUAAUUCUUACUAAUUUCACUUUCCUAAAAAGGGGAAACACACACACACAAUGAUGCAGAAAUGCAGAAUGUGUAAAAGGUUUACUUAAGCUGUUGAAAUAUGUGUCUGACAUGAAGGAUAUAAGUCACUCAGCUUUCUGUUCUCUAAGCCAAAUAGUGUUUGUCUUCAGUGUGAAAUUUAAUUGUAAAAACUGUUGUAUAAUGUCAAGAAAUUAUAGAAACAUUAAUAAAAUGAACAUGGACCUAAAAUUUUUUUUUCAUUCAGAGGAGGUGUGAAGCUGUCUUUUCUUCUGUUUGCAUAUGUUUUACUUUCAAGCUUAGUUUUUCACUCUAUAUUUCCAUGUAUUUGAGAACAAAAAAAUUAGAGACUCUGCUAAUGUAACAUAAUCAAGUAUAACCUAACUAUGAUUAAAUCCUUUUGUAUUUCUAGCUAAAUAUAUCAUUGGUUUGGUUCUAUCAAUCUCAGUUUUUGUCAAUGUUAAAUUCCAAGGGGAUGUUCAAGCUUCUGUUAUUCUGAAGAGUUCCCUUUCCAACUUUGGGAAGUCCUCCAGCAGCGAGCUUUUCUCUUGCUCUUGUCCUACAACAGUGCUUCAAAGACGGAGGGUAAGGAUCACAGACCUGCCAUACCCAAGCCUGAGACCCACCACGGAGUCCAGUAAGUCUAGUUCUUGGAACAUGAAAACAUUUCUUUUGAUUUCUAAAGGAUAUCAUUUUAUUUAUUUAAUUAAUUGUUUGUUUUGUUUUGCAAGGUAGGGUCUCAGUCAAACUCAGUGGUCCUCCUACCUCUGCCUACCGAGUGCUAGGAUUAAAGCAUGUGCCACUGCACCCAGAUUUUUAUUUUUUUAAAAGAAAAAAAUACUAUAUUGAUCAAAUAUUUUUUUCAGAUUUCAUCAGUUAUUCUGAGGGAGGAACAAGGGGAAGUCUUAGUGUAGAUGUCUAACAGCACACACGUUGUUAAGGAACCUUGUCAGUGUCUCACAGAUGUCAGACACAUGAAACAAGUUCUUUUCCUCUUGAAUAGUCACAAAUAUCCUGAAGUGCUUAUACUGGUAUAUUUCCUCUCAGUAGCUAUUUAUUUAUUUAUUAAGUGACUUAAACAAUAUGGCCCAAAAGCUCACAAGUGCCUUGUUGGGAAUUUUUUUGUUUUGUUCCCCUUCUACCAUCACCCUGCCCACCCCCCCCCCCCCACCGCCAGUGUGUAACAGCCAUCUAAAAUGAGUGGGAUAAGGUAAGUCUUUAGGGACAGGUGGUUUAGCUGUUCAAGGCUAUUCAAGAGCAUGCCAGAAUUAGGUGGUUAUAUGUAGAAACACAGAACCCUUUACCCAAAGCUGGUUUGGGUUAUCCUAUAGGAUUGGACUCAUGCCACUUCCAGACAGUGGGAUUUGUACCUAAUUUUUUAAAUUUUAUUUGAGAGAAAGAGGCAGAUAGAGAGAUGGGCAUGCCAGGGUCUUGAUCUACUGCAAACAAAGUUCAGACACAUGUGGUACCUUGUGUAUCUGGUUACAUGGUUCCUGGGGAAUUGAACCUGCAUUCUUUGGCUUUGCAGGCAGACACCUUAACUGCUAAGCCAUCUCUCCAGCCCCUGUCCCUAUUUUUUUUUUUAUUACUACAUUUUUAUCCCCUUUGUCCCACUCUAGUAGCCCUAAGAUGUGACUUGGUAGAUUGGCAUACUUGGUGACACUAAGCCUUGAGACAUAAGUUACCCACUACUUGUUUUAGACAGUUUGCUCAUGCAGCCCUGAGGAGUGGAGCCUAGAGGCUGAAUUUGUGUUCCUUACGUUGUGUCAGUCUUUUUCUGUGUGAUGGUGCCUUCAGAAUAAUAGAUAUUUCUGUUUUCUGGACAGUGACAGAUCUUAGGAGAAAUAUGUGUAAGAUACAUUUUUUUGUCCAUCUUAUUUCCUAAGGUUGUGAGUGAAAUAACUCAGCUCUGGUACAACUUGACUUGAAUAAUUAUCUUGAGUCUUCCUCCAAGGCAGUACGUAUUCUUGCCAAUACUGUAGUCAUCUUUUGGGAACUACAUGUGGGUAAAAAUUUGUAUGUAAGCCAUAUACUGCUGUAACUAAUGCCUCCAAACAAUUCUUUUUAUAUUUAUAGUCUGAAAGUAUGAUGUAGUGGGAAGCAACAUUCCUGAGGGAUGCCAACAUAGCUUUGUCAACUCCAGCUGAGCCACACUGCUUUCCGUAAAGGCUCAACACAUAGUCCAUAUGCCAUGCUUCCAGUGUUGGUUCUGAUUUCUCAUUGGUCUUCCUAGGUUGUAUUGUUCUAAAAGCAAAUGCUCAUGUGUAAUUUUUUAAAGAUGUGCUGGGAACAAAUAAAAUGAUUCCAAACCCA